ACGUUGAACGGAGCGGUUCCAAUUCUUGCCAAAGCCAAGUCAAUAUUCCAAGUUUGGUUCGUUUGAAAAGUGUCAGUGAAAGCGCUUGGAAUAAAGUUGAAAAAAUUGAAUUAUGGACUCGCUAUUUGUUAGUAAUAGAAUUUUUCUGAACUCGGAUCACUAUCCAGACAUUUUCGCCGGUGGGAUUCUGGUGUCGAGUGUGGAUGGAAAAGUUUCUAGAAUUUUUGACCGACCCGCGGAUGUGAAGUCCUAUCAGGAGAAGCACGAUGUUGAGGUUAACGAUUUCGGAGAUCUCGUGCUGAUGCCGGGGCUGAUCGAUUCGCAUGUGCACAUCAACGAACCGGGUCGGACGGAAUGGGAGGGUUUUCACACGGCCACUAAGGCAGCCGCUGCCGGCGGUUUCACAACCAUUUGCGAUAUGCCGCUGAAUUCGAUUCCACCGACAACGUCGCUAGCGAAUCUACGCACCAAAAUCAACGCCGCGCGUGGAAAGAUCUUCGUCGAUGUCGCAUUCUGGGGCGGUGUAGUACCAGGGAAUGCAGACGAACUGCAGAAAAUGAUCUAUGCCGGUGUCGUCGGUUUCAAAUGCUUCCUGUGCCCUAGUGGGGUGGACGAAUUUCAACACGUUGGAGAGGAGGAUCUGCGUCAGGCGCUGCAGAAGAUGGAAGGAACCGGUUCGGUGCUAGCUUUUCAUGCCGAGGUCGAAUGCAAGUCCCAUCAACAGCACCACCCCGUGGAGAAGAAGUGCAAUCCGAAAAAGUACGAAACAUUCUUGGACAGCCGCCCGGAUGAAAUGGAAGCGGAAGCUAUCGAGUUGGUGGCGAAACUCUCACAGCGUUAUGACGUUCCGUGUCACAUCGUUCACCUGUCGGCUGCUCGGGCAUUACCUUUGAUUCGUGGAGCCAGAGCCAACGGAGCCAAGCUGACCGUCGAAACAUGUCACCAUUAUCUGUCGAUUGUUGCUGAGGACAUUCCGGAUGCGCAUACCGAGUACAAGUGCUGUCCACCAAUUCGCGGUAAGAGCAAUCAGGAACAGCUGUGGCAGGCUGUUUUUGACGGGGACAUUAAUAUGGUCGUUUCGGAUCACUCGCCAAGCACACCGGGUAUGAAGUUGCUCAACUCCGGUAAGAAUCGUGGCGAUUUCAUGAAAGCUUGGGGUGGCAUCUCAUCGGUUCAGUUCGGUUUGCCACUUUUCUGGACCAAUUGUCAACGGUAUGGGUUGAAGAUUCCAGAUCUGGUGCGAUUGCUUUGCACGGAACCGGCAAAGAUGUGCGGUAUCGAUAAGGUGAAGGGCAAGCUGGAGGUUGGCUACCAUGGGGACAUUUGCGUUUGGGAUCCGGAGGAUAGUUUCACGGUCACGCAGGAUAUUAUCGAGUUCCAGAACAAGGCAAACCCCUACAUGGAUCGGAAGUUGCGAGGUGUAGUCCAUGCUAGCUUUAUUCGUGGUACACCCGUUUAUAAGGCGACAGAGAAGUUUGCUGCACCGGUGGGGAACAUUCUGCUGAAGAAGGUUGCCCGACGAGGGUCCAAGGCGGUGAAGUUUGAGUGAGCUUUGCUGCAGCUUAGAUGUUUAGGUACGAUGGACUUGAAAGUAUUGCAGACUGUUUAAUUGUUAAAGUUUAUUGCGUAUAUUAUGCAGAUCGUUUACAGGCGAUGUGAAGAGUUUAACCUAAGUUCAGAAAUUUAUUGAUAGUUCAUAUGUUUGGAGUAUUUUUAUUUUUAUAUAUCUAUAUAAGUUUGAUUAUGAUGUAAUAAAUACUGUUUUAUGUA